GUGCUGUUGCCAAGGGAAGCACUCGCGCCGAUCGAGAUCCGGCUACCGGCCUGUAUGAGGUGACGGUGCGGUACCCGACCAAGGGCGGGCUUUUUAACGAGAAGGUGUCUGGCCACGACGUCUUGUUCCAGGCCAUUCCCGAUGCCGACAGGGAGUACCUGCGGCGGCAGAGCAAGGAUGUGCGCCUCUUCGAUGGCGGUUUGGACUACGUCGUCCAGGGGGCUUUUAUGCUGAUGGAGCAGCAGCGCCGGCAGGUGGAGGAGCUUGCUCGCCUUCGGGAGGCUGAGAAGAAAGCCGCUGCUGCUGACGAGGCGCUUUCCCAGUUAGAGCGGCUCCGAACUGAGACCGACUCCCUGAAGGAUAAGUCUGAUGCGGCUGAAAGGAGAGCCGUUGUGGCUGAGGACGAGGCGAGGCGCCUCAAAGUUCAGCUGGAUGAGGAAGCGGCUGCACGUCGGCUGGCAGAGGAAAGAGCCGUGAAGUUAGAGGCCGAUGCGACAGCGGCUGCUGAUAGAGCCAUUGAACUGUUCAUGGCUGAAGGUUGGAAGGACGAUGCCCGCCGCGAUUGGAGCUUUAACGUCGUGGCGGAGCGCUUCGAGGCGUGGUCUCAGGAGGAAGCUGGCCGAGCCCGCCUGAAAGAGGAGUUUGAAGUCUGGUACGACCUCGGCCAGAGGCGUAUGCAGAUGUUGGUUUACCGCCGCCUCCGCCGGCGUGU